CUGAUCAACAAUGGCCUAAGACAUAUUUAAAAUAAUUCUUGCUUUACACUUUCAAACCAAAAGCAAGGUCUAAAGAAAACAGAUUGAAGUGAUGUUUCUUUUCAAGCCAACUAAACUUCUUUUUUGCCUCGUAUUCAUUCUAGGCUCCACUACGGAUUGUCAAGCAAUACAUUAUACACUACCUAAGCAAGUCUUGUGCGGGCAGAGCCAUUUGUAUACACCUGGUAGACUCAAAAGUCCUGGAUAUCCCAAUCCAUACCCGAACAACUUCGACUGCAAUUGGACAAUUUCUGCAAAUGGCGGAAAGCAUAUUUUCAUCCAGUUUUUUAAUUUCUCGCUGGAAGAUAACCCAAGGUGUGCAUAUGAUUAUUUGGAGGUUUAUGACGGUGAUUCCGUGCAUUCAACGAGACUGGGACGAUAUUGUGGAUACCAAUUACCAGGAAAUCUAACAUCUUCUGGUUCUAAUCUGUUUAUCGUAUUUCGCAGCGAUAAAAAUGUGGAAUAUAAUGGAUUCUCUUUUACUUAUUCCGACACAAUUGAUCAAUGCGGACAAAGUCACCUUUAUUCUCCUGGUACACUAAAAAGUCCCCUUUAUCCCAAUCUAUACCCCAACAACGUUGACUGCAAAUGGAUUGUUUCAAGUAACAACGAUAAACACAUUCUUCUGCAGUUCUCAUAUUUCUCGCUGGAAAGAAGUUCCGGUUGUGUGUAUGAUUAUUUGGAGGUGUAUGACGGUGAUUCUGUGAAUUCAACAAGACUCGGGCGAUAUUGUGGCGAACAAUUACCGGAAAAUCUGAGAUCUUCCAGCUCAAAUUUUUUUAUCGUAUUUCACACGGACGGUAGUGAUCGAAGAUAUGGCUUUCUUUUUAGUUACACCGAAGUUGGAGUUUCAUGCGGCAACUCUCACCUUUACACUCCUGGUACGCUUGAAAGUCCUGGAUAUCCCAAUUUAUACCCCAACGACAUUGAUUGUGAAUGGACGAUUUCUAGCACUCACAGAAGACCAAUUCUCCUCCAAUUUUCGAAUUUCUGGUUGGAAAGAAGAUAUGAUUUUUUAAACAUUUAUGACGGUGACUCGGCGGAUGCCAGAAGACUGGGGAGAUAUGAUGGAGAUGAGUUGCCAGGAAAUCUGCAAUCAUCCGGCUCCAAUAUUUUCAUCACAUUUCACACGGAUGGUAGUGGGCAAAGACGCGGGUUUGUUUUUAACUAUACCGAAGUUGGAGUUUCAUGUGGCAAUUCUCACCUUUACACUCCUGGUACGCUUAAAAGUCCUGGAUAUCCCAAUUUUCACCCCAACGACAUUGAUUGUGAAUGGACGAUUUCUAGCACUCACAGAAGACCAAUUCUCCUCCAGUUUUCGAAUUUCUCGUUGGAAAGUGGAUUUGAUUUUUUGUACAUUUAUGAUGGUGAUUCAGCGGAUGCAAGAAGACUUAGGAGAUAUGAUGGAGAUCAGUUGCCUGGAAAUCUGCAAUCUUCCGGCCCCAAUAUUUUCAUCGUAUUUCACACGGACGGUAGUGGGCAAAGAAGCGGAUUUGUUUUUAAUUAUACCGAAGGUCCAGUUUCAUGCGGAGACUCUCACCUUUACACUCCUGGUACGCUUAAAAGUCCUGGAUAUCCCAAUUUAUACCCGAACAACAUGGAUUGUGAAUGGACAAUUUCUAGCACUAACGGAAAACUGAUUCUCCUCCAGUUUUCGAAUUUCUCGUUGGAAAGUCGAUAUGAUUUUUUGUACAUUUAUGACGGUGAUUCAGCGAAUGCAACAAGACUGGGGAGAUAUGAUGGAGAUCUGUUGCCAGAAAAUCUGCAAUCAUCCGGCUCCAAUCUUUUCAUCGUAUUUCAGACAGACGGUAGUGAGCGAAGAAGCGGAUUUGUUUUUAAUUAUACCGAAGUUCCAGGUUCAUGCGGCGACUCUCACCUUUACACUCCUGGUACGCUUAAAAGUCCUGGAUAUCCCAAUUUAUACCCCAACGACAUGGAUUGUCAAUGGACGAUUUCUAGCACUCACGGAAAACCGAUUCUCGUCCAGUUUUCGAAUUUCUCGCUGGAAAGUCGUUUUGAUUUUUUGUACAUUUAUGACGGUGAUUCGGCGGGUGCAAGAAGACUGGGGAGAUAUGAUGGAGAUCAAUUGCCAGGAAAUCUGGAAUCAUCCGGCUCCAAUGUUUUCAUCGUAUUUCAAACCGACGGUGGUGGGCAAAGAAGCGGAUUUGUUUUUAAUUAUACUGAAGUUUCAUGCGGCAACUCUCACCUUUACACUCCUGGUACGCUCAAAAGUCCUGGUUAUCCCAAUUUAUACCCGAACAACAUGGAUUGUGAAUGGACAAUUUCUAGCACUAACGGAAAACCGAUUCUCCUCCAGUUUUCGCAUUUUUCGUUGGAAAUUGGUUCUGAUUUUUUGUAUAUUUAUGACGGUGAUUCGGCGAGUGCAAGAAGUCUGGGGAGAUAUGAUGGAGAUCUGUUGCCAGGAAAUCUGCAAUCAUCCGGCUCCAAUGUUUUCAUCGUAUUUCAGACAGACGGUAGUGAGCGAAGAAGCGGAUUUGUUUUUAAUUAUACUGAAGAUUCGUGCGGCAAAGCUUACCUAUAUACUCCUGGAACCCUCAAAAGCCCUGAUUUAUACUCUAAUAAAGUAGACUGUGUGUGGAAAAUUUAUAACGUUCAUGAGACAUCUAUUUUCCUCGAAUUUUUGCAUUUAUCGAGAAAAAACAGCUCCUGGUGUGAAUAUGAAUAUUUGGAUGUUUAUGACGGUCAAUCUAUAAAAUCGGCAAAACUCGGGCGAUAUUAUGGAGGCCAAUUCCCAAUGUAUCUGGUAUCAUCUGGUCCCAGUUUAUUCAUCGUAUAUCACAAGGAUAGUAUAUAUAAGGAUCGAUGUGGGUUUGCGUUUCGUUAUGCUAACGUAAACGAAUCGUGUGGAAAAACAUAUCUGCAAACUCCUGGAACACUCAAAAUUGACCAUCCAGCUUUUUACUGGAACCUGAUGGACUGUGUCUGGACAAUUUUUAACACUGGUGGGAAGCCUAUCCUCCUCCAGUUUUCUCAAUUCUCGCUGAAAAGUAGUGAUGAGUGCAACUAUGAGCAUUUGACCGUUUAUGACGGUAAUUUCUUCAUGCGGUAUUGUGGAAACAAAUUGCCUGGAGAACUAGUAUCAUCUGGACCAAAUCUAACCAUCGUAUUUCACACAAAUAAUUUCUGGCCAGGAAGUGAAUUUGUCUUAAAAGUCUCCGACGCAAAUGGAAUUCUGACAAGCGAGUGCAUGCCUAGAUUUGCCUUGUGUGUUACUGAAGUCAUGGAACUUUGAGAUGAUUUGAGGGCAAUUCGUUCCCCCGUUCCGCCAAUGAUCCUUCAUCGAGGAAAAAUAUUGAAAUCGGAAAAAAUUGAAAUCGGAAACGAUUUUCGCCAUAUGGAAUGUGUAAUAUAACACAGAAAACGUGCGAGUAUUACUGUAUAAAUUAUAUUGAUUAGCAAAUGUGCUCGUAUGGAACCUAAUCCUGAAUUAAAGUUGUUGACUCUAUAUAAUGGACGA